UUCCGCCGCCGGCGCCCGCGCCCGCCACCGCCACUGCCGCCGCCGCAGCGUCUGCACAACUUUCCAGUCCGCGCCGCGGCCAGCGGGACGCGUUGCCGCCGCCUCCUGCCUCUCCUCUUCUCGCCCUUCCCAACCCCUCCGCCUUCCUUCUACCUAGGCGACUGGGAAAGAAGAAGCAAUUCAGUCAGGAUGGCUAAAGGUGAUCCCAAGAAGCCAAAGGGCAAGAUGUCUGCUUAUGCCUUCUUUGUGCAGACAUGCAGAGAGGAACAUAAGAAGAAAAACCCAGAGGUUCCUGUCAAUUUUGCAGAAUUUUCCAAGAAGUGCUCUGAGAGGUGGAAGACAAUGUCGGGGAAAGAGAAAUCUAAAUUUGAUGAGAUGGCAAAAGCAGAUAAAGUACGCUAUGAUCGGGAAAUGAAGGAUUAUGGGCCAGCUAAAGGAGGCAAGAAGAAGAAGGACCCCAAUGCCCCCAAAAGGCCACCGUCUGGAUUCUUCCUAUUCUGUUCAGAAUUCCGCCCCAAGAUCAAAUCUACAAACCCUGGCAUCUCUAUUGGAGAUGUGGCAAAGAAGCUGGGAGAGAUGUGGAAUAACUUAAGUGACAGUGAAAAGCAGCCUUACAACAAUAAGGCUGCAAAGCUGAAGGAGAAGUAUGAGAAGGAUGUCGCUGACUAUAAGUCUAAAGGAAAAUUUGAUGGUGCAAAGGGUCCCGCUAAAGUUGCUCGGAAAAAGGUGGAAGAGGAAGACGAAGAAGAUGAGGAGGAAGAGGAGGAAGAAGAGGAGGAGGAGGAGGAGGAGGAGGAGGAGGAGGAGGAUGAAUAAAAAAACUGUUUAUCUGUCUCCUUGUGAAUACCUUAGAGUAGGGGAGCGCCGUAAUUGACACAGCUCUUAUUUGAGAGGUGUCUGUUGCCCUCAUUAGGAUUAAUUACACAAUUGGAUCAUGAUCAUAUGUAGUCUUUCAAAGUGCUCUAGAAAUUGUCAGUGGUUUACAUGAAGUGGUAAUGGGUGUCUGGAGCACCCUGAAACUGUAUCAAAGUUGUACAUAUUUCCAAACAUUUUUAAAAUGAAAAGGCUCUCAUGUUCUCCUCACUCUGUGCACUUUGCUGUUGGUAUGACAAGGCAUUUAAAGAUGUUCCUGGCAUUUUCUUUUUUUAAUCUGUAAGGUGGUGUUAACUAUAUGGUUAUUGGCUAGAAAUCCUGAGUUAUCAACUGUACAUAUCUAUAGUUUGUAAAAAGAACAAAACAACCGAGACAAGCUCUUGAUGCUCUUUGCUUGGCGUUGAGGCUGUGGGGAAGAUGCCUUUUGGAGGGGCUGUAGCUCAGGGCAUGCACUGUGAGGCUGGACCUGUGGACACUGCAGUGGGCAUCCAUUUAGCUUCAGGUUGUUUUGUUUUUGUAUAUAGUGACAUAGCAUUCUGCCAUUUUUAGCUGUGGAAGAGGGGGGGGGUCAGCUGGCAUGAGAAGUGUUUGGAUCUUUUUUAGUUAAGUGCAGUAGUUUUAAACUGUUUUUAAACAAACUAGAACUCUUCAUUGUCAGCAAAGUGAAGAGUCACUGCAUCAAUGAAAGUUGAAGAACCUUCUGUACUAAACACAAUUUGAAACAUUUUGUUAUUUUUUUGUAUGUUUAGAAUGCUGAGAUGUUUUGAAGUUAAAUAAACAGUAUUACAUUUUUAAAGCUGUUCUCUAUUAUAACAGUCUAAAUUUCUGACUCAGCAGUGUUAGUGAUAGAACAACCCACUCCACUGUAUUUGGUGACUAGCCUCACUGUAAAUCUAGUAACAAUGUGGCUAGCUUGAGAUGAGAUGGAAGAGGGGUACUUGAAGCUACUGUGUGAUUUUAUUUGUAUCUGAAUGGCGUUAAUACGAGGUCUAAACUAUUGAAUGUAGGAGCUAAGAUAACUUGACACAGGCAAGGUUAAGUAGCCUUUAGAGGUUCAGGAAGGUGGGUGGUUAGGAUUGAGGCUACUACAACAUUAAAUUUAUUUGCCUCCUGCCUCACCACUGACAUGAGCCAAAUUCAUUGCUAAACAGCAAAAACAACUUCCUGAGGGUAUGAUGUGUCAAAUAUUCAGGCUUCAUUAAUUUUCUCCCUCCAACCUAGAACAUUUGGUCCACUCAACAAUUGAUGUCUUGAGUUGCUGCUUCUGUCUCUUGGACCCCAGUGGUACAGGUUGGGUAGGGAGCAGUAUCUCUCUUCCCCCCCCCCCAUCCUACACACACACUUCAAGAAACCAAACAAUCAAAGAAAGAUUGCUUGGGUUCCCAUUGCAGGCUUGGUGUUGGGGCACCUGUGAGGCAGACUGAUGGAAUCAAUUGUUUCUAAGCACUUAAAUACAUCAUAUGGACAGUAGAAUGGCCUACACAAGAUGUUAGCUCCUUCAUUGAAAACAUGGAUUGUUAAAUGUUCUUAAACUUGAAGCUUGAUUUGUGUUUCAGUGAUUAAUUCAUGUUGGUAGAUGGUGUAAUAACAUUUUGUUCAAGUUGGGGUGAGGGGUGAUGGCCACAGUGGCCAAAUGGUGAUACUAAAUAUUUUGAGGGCUGAUGUGUACAUCUCAACUGUUGGCAGUAAUGAAGAGUACUAUGUUAUGGGUGAAUGUUGACAUUGCCUAGUAUUGACACACAGAUAAGGAUGUUUGAGGUUGGGAAGCACUUGGGAGUGUUUUAAUGAUCUUACUCAUGAGAAGGCAGUUUUCUGUUAAAAUUGACUAUUUGGAAACUUGGCAUGUCUGCAGAUGGUGUCCUCUCCACCCUGUCAGAUCCUGGGUGGGUACAAGUCAUAGUCAUGGUCCCUGGCCUGAUCUCUGAUCUCUAAUCUGUAUUCAUAGCCUUUCCUUCUCACAUCAGAACUGUGUCCGAAAUGUGUUUUUCUGGUUCUAUAACAUGACCAUUAAUAAAAAAAAAUCCCUUGGUCCUGAGGUUUGCCCAAAGGCACUUGCACUUGUUCCAGGAUUGCCCCUCCUGCUUCAGCCAUGCCCUUGUUACUUUCCUCCAGCUAUCCCUUGGCAUUGCAGUCUGAAGCUGCUGCUGCCCAACACUGCAAUGCUAAGAUUGGGAAGCUGUGGACAACCUUGUCACAUAUGGAAGAGAAGCUCAACUUGUCACAAAGGUUUCUACUAAGGGGUGUCCCUCUAGAUGGUUGUAACUAAACAUGCCAACUAUGGAAGGGGGUGACUGCUGCUAUACAGAAGUAGGGAAGCUGUCAGUGAUCUUUGAUUAAGCAGACAUUUAGCUCUAAAGAGUCAAGUCCAUUUGGCUCAUUUGCUUGCAACAAGACCACUACUCAUCCCAAAAUUGCUUCUCCUGAUGGAAUAAUGUUCUCUAGCUUCUCUGAAGUGUGGUAAGGGGCAUGGUGUCACUACGGUAAGGCUUAGGCUUAACUUGAUUUCUGGGCCCACAGUAGGUACUCUUGCAAUGUCAACCUGCUAUUUUUUUUUUUAAAUCUAAAGGACAAUACCUGCUUUCUCUAACCAUCUCCUUUCCAAACCCCUCACUCUGUUCUUGAAUGGUGUUUUAUCCUUUGGGAAGAGCAAGGCUGUGAUGUAGCAACUAUUGUCUGUGUCUCCUGUGUGUCUAUUACCACAAAUGUAUUUGGGGACGUUGGAUGCGUUCAUUUUCUGUAAUAAAGUUUCUUAAUUAGUCAUCCCCAAAAGUAA